UUCCACAUCUCCCCUAUUUAAAGCAUCCCAAGGCUCCCAGGAGCAGCUGCAGAAGCAAACCUUGAAACCUGCCAACAAAAGCAGCAGAGGGGGGAAUGGCAGAAGCAGCCCAAGUCCCACUUUCACGUCUCCUGGUUCCCCUGCUCCUUGCAGCUGGCUGGAUCGUGGGCUGUGCCCUGAUGGUUUACAUUGUCUUCUCCUGAUGGAAGGCAGCAGAAUCUGCAGCUGUGUGGAUGAGAAGAACCUGGAAGUGAAACAGAACUUUCUAAUGAGUACAAUGUGUAUAAAAUGAGCUCUUUUCAGCACCAA